CUGGGAUGAGAGCAGCUCCAUCAGCAGUGGCCUCAGCGAUGCCUCCGACAACCUCAGCUCAGAGGAGUUCAACGCUAGCUCCUCACUCAACUCCCUGCCCUCCACCCCCACUGCCUCACGCAGGAACUCGGCCAUAGCGCUGCGCACGGACUCUGAGAAGCGCUCGCUGGCAGAGAGUGGGCUGAGCUGGUACUGUGAGGGCGAGGAGAAGGCACCCAAGAAGCUGGACUACGACAGCAGCAGCCUCAAGAUGGAGCAUGGCUCCUCCAAGUGGCGACGGGAGCCCUCGGAGGGUGGCGAGGAGGGGAGCAAGGGCAGCGAGCUGAAGAAGCCUGUCAGCCUGGGCACCCCAGGCUCCCUCAAGAAGGGCAAGACCCCUCCAGUGGCUGUGACUUCCCCCAUCACCCACACGGCCCAGAGCACACUCAAAGUGGCAGGUGAGGCCAGAUUUGGGCAGGCCCGAGACAAGAGCAAGCUGUCUGUGAAGAGCACAGGCUUGCAGCGCUCCUCCUCCGAUGCCGGCCGUGACCGCACUGCCGAUGCCAAGAAACCUCCCUCGGGGCUCACACGCCCCUCGGCCUCCAGCUCCUUUGGCUACAAGAAACCAGCUCCUGCCACUGGCACGGCCACUGUCAUGCAGGCUGGGGGCUCAGCCACGCUCGGCAAGAUCCAGAAGAGCUCCAGCAUCCCUGUCAAGCCGGUCAGUGGGAGGAAAACCAGCCUGGAUGUCUCCAACGCGGCUGAGCCUGGGUUCCUGGCCCCAGGGGCUCGCACCAACAUCCAGUAUCGCAGCCUGCCCCGGCCGGCCAAGUCCAGCUCCAUGAGUGUGACCGGUGGCCGCAGCGCAGCCCGGCCGGUCAGCAGCAGCAUCGACCCCAGCCUGCUGAGCACCAAGCAGGGUGGCAUCUCGGUGUCACGGCUCAAGGAACCAUCCAAGGUUGGUGCCGGCCGUGGCACACCAGCCCCUGUGAACCAGACAGAUCGCGAGAAGGAGAAGGCCAAGGCCAAGGCUGUGGCGCUUGAUUCCGAGUGUGGGACGCUGAAGAGUGUCAGCUCACCAGAGAGCACCCCAAAAGCCCAGGCCGCCCUCCCGCCGGCGGCCAAGGUGGCCGAGCUGCCCCCCACACCUCUCAGAGCGGCUUCCAAGACCUACGUGAAGCCUCCCUCGCUGGCUAACUUGGACAAGGUCAACUCCAACAGCCUGGACUUGCCCUCCUCCAGCGAGCUGCCCCCACCCCACACUGCCAAGCUCCAGGACCUGCACCCUGCUGGCGGGCACCUUGCACCCUGCUUCAGUCCCAGCCCUGCCCCCAUCCUCAACAUCAACUCGGCCAGCUUCUCCCAGGGCCUGGAGCUCAUGGGCGGCUUCAGCGUCCCCAAGGAGGGCAGGAUGUACCCCAAGCUCUCUGGCCUGCACCGCAGUAUGGAGUCCCUGCAGAUGCCCAUGAGCCUGCCCAAUGCCUUUUCGG